AUGAUACGACAAAUUUUGCUAUUGACAACAUUUCUAAUACCAUCAAUCUAUGGAGCAGUUGGUGGUUUAGUUGGACGAACACAAGCUGCAGGUGCUAAAGGUUACCUGACCUGUAAUGGACGACCUGAAAGUGGUGUACUAAUUAAGCUGUACGAUGAUGACAGAGGUUUGGAUUUUGAUGAUUUUAUGGGUGAAACCAUUACCGACUCACGUGGAUUUUUUGAAAUUACUGGAAGUAAUGCUGAAAUGACACCAAUUGAUCCUAAAAUAAACAUUUACCAUGACUGUAAUGAUGGUUGGUGGCCUUGUCAACGCAAAAUCAGUAUUAUGAUACCGGAUGAGUAUAUUGCUAUUGGUAAUGUACCAACAAAACUUUAUGACAUUGGAACAAUUGAGUUGGCAGGUGAAUACAGCGGUGAAACACGUGAUUGCAUACAUUAG